AUGGAGGAACUGGCCGAGUUUUGCAACCAAAACCGACCCGACCUGUCUCUCGCUAAAAGAGAGAAUGACAAGGAACCCCCUAGGUCUCGUCCUCGAGAAGCGAAAGAUCGUGAGAAGAACAAUAACAGAGGUCCAAGGUAUAUGCAAUAUACGCCGCUCAACACUAGCAGGGCCAAGGUGUUGGAGCAAGCUCUAGCUACGGAAGUUUUGGCCGUUCCUCGAAGAGCCUUGACCCCCCCUCACGCCGACAAGACAAAAGCAUGUCAAUUCCAUCGGAAUAGAGGACACACUACGGAGGAGUGCUCCGCCCUUCGGGAUCACAUCGAAGAUCUCGUUAAGGCCGGUCACCUCCAAAACUUCAUUCGGACCACAGAUAACAGAAGAAACGACUACCGCCCUGGAAGAGGGGAGCACAGAAGGGACAACCGAGAUCGAGCACCUCCCCGGAAUCGAUCCCGCGAGCGUAGCAGGUCUCAAGAAAGAAACGACCAACGAGACCGCAAUCAUCCCAGGCGAGUCAUAAACACCAUUGCUGGAGGUUUUGCAGGGGGUGGGAGCUCGUCUUCAGCCCGGAAGAGACACUUGAGGGCUAUUAAGUCGGUCAACGUUAUAGGACGGGCAUCUCCCGUUCGUAUGCCCCCUAUAACGUUCACUGACCGAGACUUCCACGACAUUGAACCGGUGCAAGACGACCCAAUGGUCAUCAGCGUGGAGAUCAACAAUUGUCUUGUAAAAAAGACGCUGGUCGAUCAGGGAAGUUCGGCCGACAUCUUGUACUGGAAGACGUUCGAACAAUUAGGCAUCCCGGAACAAGAGCUGACGCCUUACGAUGAGCCUUUGGUAGGAUUCUCGGGCGAACGGGUGGAUACUCGAGGAACCAUAGACCUAUACACCUACUUCGGGGAUGACCAGCGCAGGCGGAUCAAGGUGCGUUACGUGGUAGUGCAGGCCAACACCUCGUACAACAUUUUAUUGGGUAGACCUUCUUUGAACAAGCUCCGAGCCAUCGUAUCCACCCCACAUUUGGCCAUGAAAUUUCCAUCAGAGGAAGGGACCGUGAUCACUAUGCAUGCUGAUCAGAAAACGGCACGCGAAUGUUAUUUCGCCAGCUUGAAAAUACAGCCAACUCCAAAGCCACGAUGA